GUUGGUGCAGUAAGCGACCGUGAGAGUUGUCAUAACUCGCAUUACCUGUGGCUGUGGAUUCAACAGUUUGGUGGGGCGGUGGAAAGGAAUUUAGGCUGCCCUGGUGUUUCAGAAUAUUGCUAUCGGGAAGAUGUGGCAGCCUACACACCUGCAAGUUACAGUACAAAGAGCGAAAAAUCUCAACUACAAAGGCAAAAAUGAGACGAACGACGCCUUCGUGGUGAUAGCGCUGGGCAAGGACAAGUUCCAGACGUCUAUCAAGGAGAAGGCCAGCAGCUCGGUGGAGUGGCAUGAGGAGUGUGAACUAGCAAUUCCAUCCCAUGGGAACACAGCUUCACUUAAUCUGACAGUAUAUCACCGUAAUGCUCUUGGCCUUGAUGAGUUCUUGGGCCAGGUUCAGCUUCCAUUGUCAGAAUUUGAUGCAUACGAGAGACCCAGAAACAGAUGGCAUCGUCUCAAAGGCAAACCAGAGAAGGACCGCAAAAAGGGGGAAAAGGAGAGGGGUGAACUGGAGACCAAGGUAGCGUUCAUCGUUAAAUCUGGGUCACUCCUUGAUGUAUCCAAGAAAGAGAAAAAUAAAUCUAUAACAUCACUGAAGCAUUUAGGUGGCAGUUUGAUGAGCUUGGGGAAUAAAGAAAAAGCUAACUUAAAGAGUUUUGCAAAAUCAGUCAGCCACAAAAUAGACAAGAUUGCACAUAAACCUGGGAAAAAGAAGAGUCGUAAAGAAAGCCGUGACAGCCAAGGUUUCCCACAAGAACUUAUGCAGUCUCGUCAACAUGCUGGUGAUGCUGAUCCUGGUGUAAUUUCUGAUAGUGAUGACGACUUUGGGUUUGAUGAAGAAGUAACUGUCAACACUCGGUCCAGUAGUCCAUAUAGCACUUUGUCCAGAGGUUCCUCACUUCUGCAGGAUGUUCAUGAAGAUGAUGGUGUACGUGUGAAUGGCAACAAUCACAUCAUCUCAGACUCCAGAGCACCGCCAAAGCCAGUUCGUCUUGGAGGGAAUGUUGUGGAAGUGCCCUCAAUAGCCCUGGCGUCCCCCACACCUUCCCCUGAACCCUUUCCACGUAACCCACCAGUUGAGCCCACAACACCAGUAACUCUUUCCUCUAACCCUCCUCUAACCUUCCCAAACCUUACACCCAUUAACCUAAUCACCCACAGUGAUGCCCAGUCAUCACGUGAUAGUGCUUCAUCUGACUCUGCCAUGACACUGUCACUCUCUAGUAGUGUGAUUGCCAAGGAUACUAAUUCUUUAGCUAGUUUAGAGUCUUUCUCUCCUGAGCCAGCACCACUAACCAAGGAAGAUUUCCAAGAACCUGUUACUAUACAGGACCCUCCCUCACCUGAACCAUCGCCCAUUCAGAAGGAAAUUUUCCCAGAAACUUUUAUUGUAGAAGAUCCUCCUGUUCCUGUUAAGCCUCUGCGAUAUUCCAGAUCCAAUAGUGCCAGUGAGACUUCUGUGCCAUCACCUGCUUCUACAGUGUCUGACCAGUCACUGUUGGUUCCCUCUCCUAAGAGUCGUUCACUUAGUACUUCAGCAGCUCCAAAAAUCUUUGAUCGGACAGUCUUUUCUUCCUCUCCCAUCAAGGAGUCUAACACUAAAAGAGGGUUUGCUUUAGAAGCUUUGGCUUCUGCUUCUACUAAGGUAUCUCUAAUGGAGACUGAUUCUGUCAUCCAAACUCCUGGCACUCCUACAUCUAAAAAGAACACUGAACUAACCCUUCCUGCAUCUAAAACCCCUAGUAGUUACAAUGGAAUAGAUGUGUCUACUCCGCCUACCCCAACUACUCCUAGUGCUUCUACGUAUAGCUUUGGAUCUGGCUCUGCCAUGUCAUCUGCCCCUACUACUCCUAAGGAUGGUAGCUCAGGCCCUUCCCCCGCCCUAACUUCCCGUUCUUCUCGGGGGACCCCCGGGCUGGCUGAGCGGCCAACUGCCGCUGUUGUACGUUCUGGCUCCCUCCAUGAGAAGCCCACCACCCAGCCUGUCAUUGAUGAAUGGGAAAGAAAACUGUAUGGCAGAAAUGCUAUCGUCGGAAGUAUGGAAAAUGUGAAUCGGAGUGACAGCCGCUCUUCGCUCAGCACUUCCUUGUCCAGCAGCACUCAGGACGUCACCCGCUUAGAUGAACAUGGAUCAAGGUUCCCAGAAAUUAAGGCUAUACGGUUGGAAAAAAAGUCUCGAGAAGAGGGAGACGACGGAGAAGGCAAGAAACGAAGAGGCAAAGGAGGGGGACUAAAGGCUAAAUUAUUUGGAAGUAGCCGUGAACGUAUUGGUGAGGAAGAUGGGAGAAUUGUGGAGGGUGGUAAUGAUCGUUUGCCACACCCUCCCACACACCAGUCAAGACUUCCUCGGGAAAUACAUGAUAAAUUUGCUGGAAAGUCUCGAGAGGAUUUAAUGGAGAUGAUAGUGAACCUGCAGUCGUGCAUGGAGAAAAAUGUACGCCAUACACGAGACCUAGAGGACUACAUUGAUGGUCUCCUCCUACGAGUGAUGGAAACCACGCCUCAGCUACUACAAGCCCCUGUUACUAAAAACAAGAAAAUUAAAGUACAGAUAUUUGGUCUUCACUGAAGAGACUGAACAACUACAUAGAUGAAUGAGAAACAACUCCAGCAUUUAUUUUUUAUUUUUUUCAAGAGAAUACUGGUUGUCCGUCAAUCACAUCACUGGUUCAUGGACUCCUUGACUAGUUUUCACAACGUGUGGGAAUUGGUAAGUUGGACAGUAACAACACAAUGACAUGGAGUAGUUCAGUUCUUUUCACCAUAGAAUGUUACUGAUUAUGAAAGUGUUACUUUACUAUUAUGUAUAUACACAAGUUAUGUGUAUUAACCACCUUCAUUGGUUGGUGAAGAUCACAAAGAGAAGAUGUGUAUUUAAUAAUUCGUAACACACACAUACCAGGUAUGUGUGUGUACACAUACCACAUAAACAGUACAGGUAUAUAUAUAGAGUUUAAAGAAUUAAACUACCAGUAUUUAGUAAAGUGUCACAGAAGUUUGAAAAUAUAGAAAAUCUGUACUUUAUAAUAAAACACUUGAAUAAUGUUUUAGAGAGGAGACUGCUUUUGUAAAUAUAUAAUGUGGCCAGAAACAGGUACCGGGUAUAUGUGUGACAAUACCGAUGUACACAUUGCCACUACACACACACACAUGUGUAUUUUAUUGUUUAAUUGUGAAGGACUCUGGAUUUAGGAUGUUUAUUUAAAACUUGUUUAAGCCACAUUUUUUUUAUGCAAUAAUUUCAACAUGACAGGGAAAGACAGUUUACUGUAUAUAAGGAUGUAAAUACCAAAUAAUGAGUAAUUAUAUAUUGUAUUGGAGCCAUUAAUGCAUCGUUGCAUCUAAUAAGAAUAUUCUAUGCUCCAACUAGCAGCCUCAUGUUUACAUCUCCGUUUGAAUCUGUUGAGUGUGUCAGCCUGCCGCCUGCAAGAUGAAUAUAGCAUUUCCUUGUAUUAAUUAGUUUUACAUGACAAGAGAAACACAUAAAUAUGAUUCACAUAAGUUUUUUUAAUAUAUAUAUAUAUAUAUAUAUAUAUAUAUAUAUAUAUAUAUAUAUAUAUAUAUAUAUAUAUAUAUAUAUAUAUAUAUAUAUAUAUAUAUAUAUAUAUAUAUAUAGAAAAGUUUGUCAGUUAGGGUCUUGUUUCUUGUGUUUGUGAAAGUUUUUAAAAUGUGUAAUACUGUAGUGAUAAGUUGAAUUUAUGUAUAAUGCCAAAUCAUAUGUAUGUGGAUUAAGUAUAAUUAUUAGAUUAUUAAGGAAGAGGAUAAUAUAUUCUUAGUUUUUAAGGGUUGCUUACACAAACUCCUGUCAUUAAUAACAAUAUGAUCAGAUGUUUGUACAUGGUAUAGACCAGACGAAAGAAAAAUUAAGUUUGAAAGAAUCCAAAAGGUUUGAUUUAGUCCAAGUAUCGGUGAGCAUCUAGCACGUGUGUGAGGGAGGGAGCUCACAAUACUGUAGUAUGUCUAGUGUUGCUGAUCAAGGACAAUUAUCUAGGUAUAGAGUUUCAAUUGGUUUGAGACAGAAUUACUGACACCGUCUUACGAUGUUUCUUGAGCCACCUUGUGUAAAAUAGGAAUUGCUAAGAUGCUUGAAAUGCUUAGCCACAUCACUAAUCAAAUCCAGUUUGAGAAAUAUCAUGUGAGGUCACUCCCUUUACCUCCAUGUUGAGUAUUGUGUGCCAGGCAGAACUGGUAAAUAAAUAAUAUAUUAAUAUAGAAUAUUGCUGUGCCUGUUAGAGCCAGUCAGUCCAAGUCCUUUUGUAUCCAGGAAGAUGAUAGUUUACAUGGUGGAAAAUGAUGGGGUUAGAUGAUUAUUUAUUGUACCAGAAGUAACAAUACACUAUGCUGUAUGUAAAUGACCUUCUAGUCUUUCUCAAGGUCAGUCAUCAGUAUUCCUUCAUGUUCAGAACUGCCUAACUUGAUCUAUAGAUGUGGGAAGAAGUAUAAUUUGAAUCACUCUACACAUAGCAAGCUAAUACGUUGAAGACAAGGAGGCAAAUCACCACUCCUCUAAAUAUUGAUUUUUCAAAUGACCUUACAUAGUCUAACAGUCACUUCCAUUACAAUAUGCUGGUAAUCUUUUAUGUAACAGCUAAUGGGUGCUUACGUUAAACACUUGGUUUUAUUAUACUAACUGGUGACUGAAGAAGUCUCUUGUGUUCCCAGUUUUUAGCAGUAAUGAAAGAGUUUUUAGUAGCUUUUAAUUCAUCCAAAUUGUGAAAGGAACAAGCUGUGUUACAUCUUCAGGUCACAUCUUUUUUAACAUUGCAUAUGGCAUGUCUUGUUUUGUUUUUUAAUUGCUUGACACUCGGGUGUUUUUAUGGUUCGGUCAAUCAAUCAGAGUACCGUCCUCAUAUCUGGUAAUGAUAAUUUUGUGAUAAAAAGUAUUACCAAAGAACAUGGUCAACUGCAUAAAAUUUAGGGGUUUCAAGAUGUUCUUGCCAGAUGAUGUUCACAAUAUAUUCAUGUAGGUACCAGGAAGUUUUUACUGUAGAGUAUGGUACCUUCUGCAAGCUUGUACAUGAUGUCAAUCCUGAAAGAAAGUGAAGAACUUCCCCAACACAUUCUUUACCAGAGGAAUGAAGUGCCUCUUAUCUCAUUAGAUGCCAAAAGUUUAUAUUUUCAUCCUCACACUGAUAUAAACACAAUGUCAUCAUUCAUGCUCAUGCCUUCCUCUUCUAGACAUUCUCUGUGGGCUAAGGAUGUACUUGUCACUUUUUUUUAUUGGCUCCUUGGUUGUCUUUAAUAGUUGUGAUAAUCUUGUACUGAAGUAAUUUAUUUACUCUAACACUGUUCAGGCAAUUGUAUGUUGAAAGGAGAUAUUUCAGAUGUAUGAAUAUUGGUAAUAUGUUAAUAGACAUAAACGAGUUGUGUAACAAACUCUUGAUUACUGAGAAAUUAGUUGUUCACAAUCUGUGGAUUGCAAGAGGACUUGCUUUGUUUACACCAAUGCAAAAAAAUUAUCCUUGUAUCAUACUUUAAAAUCUUUAUUGCAACUGCAAUGCCAACCUACUCAUUGGAAAGGAAUCCAUGUUACCCUUUAUCACCUUGGUUCUAAACAUAGCUAAAUUAUGUAUGAUAUAAUCUUAAAAUUUACUUUUGUGAUAGUUUUGGAGGUCUUGAGUCAGUUUCUUUGAUUAAAGCUAGAAGGCAUUUUGGCAUGAAGUUGGUUGUUGUUAUUUGGCACUAACAGUAUUAGAAAUACUGAUGGAACUUAACUCCUCUGCCCUCUCAUCACACCAUGAGGUGACACAGGCUACAGUUAAGCUGUAUUCACUUAUGUGAAAGAUGUGUAGUUGCCAAACUACAUUACUACUACUUGUUUGAGGUAAGCAGAAAAGAUGUUAUUUAUGAAUUUUCUCUACUACAUUGUGAUACAAUUGAAAGUUUUUAGUGGUAUAUAGUAUUUGUUAAUGUCAACAAAGGAUUAGUAUUUUGGUUUUAUAUACAACAGUAUAUGUAUACUUUGUAUAAAACAUAAAGCAUUAUCUGCUAUUGCAUUUUCACAAGGUUGAAACUAAUAAUGUUGUAAUUUUAUUGAGUGCAGCAUAUUUUCACUAACAUUCCAGCUUGUGUUUGUAACUUGUACAGUAUAUGGCAUAACCAUGUUCUAAUUUAGAUAUUUUUGUUCCAAAGCAAUAGUUUAUGCUUACAGUUCAUAAACAUUAUUAAUUGUAAGUUUUGGUGAUUCCCGGCGAUGUGAUCUGGUUGUGAUUUAAUAGAAAAAUAUACCUCAGAUGCAUGACACCACUGUGGAAGGGUUUGUAUAGGCUCAAUAUAACAAGAAUGAGUAUUUGUCCUGGCUAUGAUUGCUGGUUACUAGAAAAUGAGGAAUCUGUUGUUGAUUAUAUUCCUCUGACAAAGAACGAGUACAAUACUAGAGUGUAUGGAAACCAUGGAUGUUAACAGCUCUUUUUAUUUUUGUUUCAUUGUUUUAGUUUACAUUGUAUAAAUCUGGAUUAUUUAUCAUUUUGGUAGAUCUUGGUCAUUUUAGGCAUGGUUUACUUUUUGGUGAAUUAAUUUGACUUGUAGUGUGGAAAAUGUGAGCAUACAAUAAUGUGCAAUCAUUUAUGUAACAAAGGGAAUACAGUAAUAUGUACAGUAUCUUCAUUAUGAUCUCUGCUUUUAGCUAUUCUGUGAAUCAUAACUAUAGGAUUCUUUGAGUAAUGAUAUAAAAUUAAGUAUAUUAACAUUAGUUCUUACAUCAGAAAGAAAUGGUGUCAGAGAAGGAAGUUGCAGUUUCAUGAAAUUUGUGGUUAUUUAUUUAUUUAUGUUUGAAUGCAUGACGUACAGUACAUUUCCACAUUUAGGUGUACCACUUUUUUUUUCAUUUAUGUCUGUUUAUAUUGUACAUAAGACAGUGUUCUUGGGCAUAUUCCAUUUAAAUUUCUAACAAAAUGAGAUGUAAUUAGUAUUUAGAGACAGUUUCUUUCCUCAUCUCUGAUAUGUAGUCUAUAGUAACUACAAGUUGAAUCUUCCCCUACCAUUUUAGCCAGUGACUAUUGCAUAACCAUCCUAGUAUUAAAAGCAAUUAAACAAUUCCUGAAAUAUUUCCUUAAAAAGGGUACAUGUUGACUUGGGUAUUAUCUAAGUCCAACAGUGAGCACUUGCUAACAUUCUGGAAAAAAAUGAUGUGCAGAAAGGAGCCAUGAUGCUUCAGUAAGCAUAAUGGAAUGGGAAAUUAAAAAGGGGAUCAAAGGUAAGGUUAACCAGGGAGAUAAGAAUGUGUAGACUGAGAAUCAUGGAUGGGUUAUGUGGAGGUACCCAGUAUAAGAAAAGUGUAAGAGCACAUGAUUGUAGUUGAGUGUGAAUGCUGCUAAAGAAAAACAAUACAAGAAGAAGGAUAACUUCUUUACUUUAAUAUGGUAACGCCUUCUCUGUUGACGCUUUAACUCUCUGUUACUUUUUUCUGGUUAAUUCAGAAUUGCAAGUGGCAUGUGCAUGCGCACACACAAAAUUUUUUCUUCUUUCAAUGCUGUACAUUCAUUCUUUCUACCGAUUAGUUGAAUUCUGCUAUGGUACUCCUUUCCCACUUCAAGGUCCCAAAUAUGCACCUAUGAGAAACAUGUGUUUCCUUCUUCAGGAAUCACAUUAAACCAUGUUCUCAGUUCAUUUGCACAUCCCCCUUACUUCUACUAUUAACUUUACCCAAUCUUUCCAUCUCCUUGGUCCUCCUAUCUUCCAUCUCUGAAUUAUACCCACCUUACCAGUCUUCCACUUCCCAUUCUCUCAGUAUUUAUCUUGCCUAUCACUAGCCAGCUUGUUGUUUGGUACAGCUGUCAUUUAUAAUUUCAACAUUAAUUCUCUGGAUAACAAUU